AUGCGGGUUGUGUGUUACUCCAUUUCGUCGUGUUUUGGGUCAGCCGUCACUGCCACUCUUCCCUCUUUCCCUUCUUCCAGAUUCCCUCCACUCCGCCCAAUUUCAAUCCCUUUUCCCAAUUCUCCGCCCCUCCUCCUCCGUUCCACUCCUCCCCCCAGACCAGUUACGAGAAUGGCUUCCAAUCACGCUCAAGAUCAACAGGACCCGCGCUUAGAGAGAAUCUCCUCUGCAAUCCGCGUCAUCCCUGACUUUCCCAAGCCAGGAAUUUUGUUUCAGGACAUAACCACACUUCUUCUUGAUCCCAAGGCUUUCAAAGACACCAUUGACCUUUUUGUUGAGAGGUACAGAGAUCAAAAUAUUAAUGUUGUCGCAGGCGUCGAAGCAAGAGGCUUUAUAUUUGGUCCACCCAUUGCAUUAGCUAUUGGAGCAAAAUUUGUCCCCAUGAGGAAACCCAAUAAAUUGCCAGGCAUAUGUUUUUUGUUGAAUGGUUAUGUUUUGAUUAUAUUUACAGGGGAGGUUAUUUCAGAAGAGUAUUCUUUGGAGUAUGGAACAGACAAAAUCGAGAUGCAUGUGGGGGCUGUACAACCUGGAGAACGAGCCUUAGUUAUAGAUGAUCUUAUUGCCACUGGGGGAACGUUAGAUGCUGCAAUUAAGCUACUAGAACGUGUUGGGGUUCAUGUUGUGGAGUGUGCUUGUCUGAUUGAAUUACCAGAGUUAAAGGUAAUAGGACCUGCAAAGCAGGUGGAUUUGCUUGGUCUCAUGGGAAUAAAAUUCUCUACAAAAACUUGCAGGAGAUGUAAAGAAAGAGGGAACCGGUCAAAUAAACCUGUUCACAGAAAUAACCGAAGGCAGGAUCAAGAAGAACUGGUCAGAAAUGAUCUAAACCAGGCGCCUGCGCAAGAAGGCCUCAUUAGUCCCUUGUAUUCGUUGAUUCUGGAGUGGAAAGAGGCAGUAAAUGCAGAAAUUAUAUGGACUUUAGCUUCUGGUCCUGCAGUGUUUACGAUUUUUAAAGGGCGGGACAGGCUGGGAGACAAGCCGCUAUUUGUCCUAGUUAAAAACCUAGACUCUGGAACUGAACCUAAUCCAACACUGACUUCACCUUAA